CACUUUUCUCCUUGUAUUCAAAUUUUCCCGCUCAUCAAUCACCCGUGCUCUUUUCGCUUCUUGUCGUCUUGCUUCUCAACGAAUUGAUUAGUGAAGAGCGGCGGAGUCGAGUCUAAGCCGGGAACGCAACCCCUGGACAAGAGGAAUUUAUCUCAAACGCAAACAGAGGAUCAUUAUGGCAGAUGAGGUGGAGGCCCUAUCGUCGGUGGAGACGCUCGACAUUAAGCUCUUCGGCCGCUGGUCGCCCGCCGAUGUCGAAGUUAAGGACAUCGGUCUCCAGGACUACAUCGCCGUGAAGGAGAAGCACGCUAAAUAUCUGCCUCACUCCUCCGGACGGUAUGCCGCCAAGCGUUUCCGCAAGGCUCAAUGCCCGAUUGUGGAGCGUUUGACAAACUCGAUGAUGAUGCACGGACGUAACAACGGAAAGAAGAUGUUGGCGGUCCGUAUUGUGAAGCAUUCUUUCGAAAUCAUUCACUUGAUCACGGGUGAGAACCCACUCCAAGUUGUUGUCAAUGCGAUCAUCAACUCGGGACCUCGUGAAGAUUCGACGCGUAUCGGACGUGCCGGUACCGUGAGACGACAGGCCGUCGAUGUGUCUCCGCUCCGACGAGUGAACCAGGCCAUCUGGCUCCUCUGCACUGGAGCUCGCGAGGCUGCCUUCCGAAACAUCAAGACCAUCGCCGAAUGUCUCGCUGACGAGCUAAUCAACGCCGCUAAGGGCUCGUCAAACAGUUACGCCAUCAAGAAGAAGGACGAACUCGAGCGUGUGGCCAAGUCUAACCGUUAAGGUACUGUCAUCACGUCGAUCCAUCGGGCCGAUUUACCAACGAGGGACAAUAAAUGUCGCUGCGGUA